UGAUAUUUUUAGAAUAUUCAUAAUUCAGCUUCUCAAUUUUUUUUUCAUAUGAACUUGUUAAAAAUAGACUAUUUUGAUUCAGAAUAAAUAAUUUUCUAAUAUUAAUAGUAUUUUUUUAAAUAAAUCAUUAACAUAACUUACACAAUAACGUUUAAUUUAAACAUUGAGUGACUGAAAUACUGGGUUAUUGGCAUAGUUACAAAAAUAAACUAUACAUAUAUGAUUGGUACAAUACCAAAAUAAGUGUUUCAUCAGGUACCAAUGAAAGCAAGUACAUACAUUCUGCUUGAUUGAAGGAAUAAUAGGCAACAAUAAAAUUAAUAAGUGAAAAACGAUAGUAAAAUUGAAAUAAGUAAUCACAUGAAAGAAUUUUGUGUUCAGUUUUGGUUAAAAUAUAAAAAUACUAAAUAAUGUGAACUUAAAAAGAAUAUGUGACAUCACUUCUAUGAUUAGAUUUAAAAAAAUUUAAUAUUUUAUAAUGAAAGAAACAUGUGAGGAAACCACACAGUGUUAAUUGAGUACGUUUGUACUAAAAGAGUGUAUACACUUUGCUGACAGUUCAGUUUGAAAGUGGCCAUGGCAGUGACUGGACUAAGAACAGUUACUUGUUUUAUUUUUUAUCUUAUAGUAGUAAUAAAUGCUCGUAAGUGUUAUACACAAUCACAAUAUACAGAUGAUUCUGAUUAUAAAGAUUUAGAAUUUUAUGAGGAUAUACCCGUUAAUUAUAUUGGGAAUUACGAGAAAGAUCAUUUGGAUGUUAAUCAAGACGAUUUUUAUAUUUUAAGUAAUUUCGAAGAUGCAAACGUACAGAGUGACAUUUAUCCUGACAGAAAUUUUGAAAAUACCGACGACUCUCUUAAAAAGAGAUCACCAGUCUCACAAUUAAGUUGGUAUAAACCCGAGAAAGUGUAUCGGUACACCAAACACCGAAUUCCCGGAUACGAUUACGAGGAGCUUGAUUACGUGAUUACUAGAAAUUUUCAACAAUGUGAUGAGAAGUCAGUUUGGACCCAUUGCCUCUGUCAAUUCACAUGCUCCGAACCGGACGUAGUUGAUUGUUACACACCAUGCAAAAGUGGAUGUGAAUGUAAAGAAGAAUAUGUAUUUGACGAGAAAACGCAACAGUGCUCGUUGCCAGAAAAUUGUUCUUCGAGAGAAGAUAAUUUUUAUAUUACUUAAUUUAUAUAAAGUAAAAUAAUGCAGACAUGAUCAAGUACCACACUACCAAAAACUAUGUGGAUUUCAUACAGUGGAUUUUUACUAUAUAGCCAAUCAACUCCAUUUUCAAAUUUGGAAAUUUGUAAACUACCACUUGGUCAUGUUUGAAGUAAUGCAUACAAUGGUGCGUUAAUUUUACUUUUCACAUUGGUAAUGCAUAACACAACAGAAUACUGAUUUUGUAUCAAUUUAAAUAAAGUAAUUAAAAAAUUAA